CGGACAUGUUAGGUUGAGUAGGUUCAGUAGGAGAUAGUUUUGUUUCCCUGUUGAAUUUAUCUUCAAGAUUUAUCAUUUACAUAUUUAGGCAACUUUUAAUCUUGUAAAGAUUCAUCUGAACUUGAGGAAAUAACCGAUUUAAAACUUUUAAAAGUCGCGAAUUUUACUUUCACUUUGAUCGUUGGAGCGAUGGCGCAGAAAGAAUCAGCUGAAAGAAUAAGGAAGGAGAUCCAGUAAGAAAUAUACUGUGAGGCUUCUGGCCUACGGCUCUGUACACACCUGUGUUCCUGCUGCUGCUCACUGUCUGUGGAAGUGUUACAGCUACUACAGUAUUGCUACUGCUGCUACCAGCAUUUUGAAAACCAAAUGUUGGUCUCCAGCUGAGCUUCUUCUGGUGUUUCCAGCACAGUGACAAUAUGGCCGCUGCUGCAACAUCUGAGGAAGUGAGGGAGAGACCUCUGAGCCACAGCAGCAGCCUCCCAUGGCUUCCCCCUUACAUGUCUGAGCUGAGGGUUGUUCUGCUGGGGAACAGCUGGUCUGAGAGGAGUUCAGUGGGGAACUUCAUACUGGGAAAGACUGAGUUCAACACUGAGGAAGAACCAGACUGCUGUCAGAGAGUCAGAGGACUCUUGAAGGAGAAACACAUAGUUCUCAUCAACACCCCAGAUCUGCUGCAUUACAACAUCACUGAACACAAACUGACAGAACAUGUGAGAAACUGUGUGAGUCUCUCUAAUCCUGGACCUCAUGUGUUCCUGCUGGUUCUACAGCCUGAAGACUUCACUGAGGAACAGAAACUGAAGCUCUGCAGAGUCCUGAAACUCUUCAGUGAUCAAUCAUUUGAUCAUUCACUGGUUCUGAUAUCAACACCCAGAGAAGAGAGUUCAGCUGAAAACUACACAUACCAUCCACUGUUAAAAGACAUGAUCAGAAGGUGUAGGUACAGAUACUUGUGGCAGAAGAACCUUGAACUUUCAGAGCUGUUAACACGCUUGGGUCAAACUGCAAAGGAAAACAGUGGAGAUCAUCUGAGCUGUGAUGUGUUUGAGGAUGAGGAUCCAGGUUUAACCAUGACACUAAAGUCUGAACACAUGAAACCAGCUUUAAACCUGGUUCUGUGUGGGAGGAGAGGAGCAGGGAAGACUUCAGCAGCCAAGGCCAUUUUAGGUCAGACAGAGCUUCAUUCAGUCUCCAACUCAUCAGAGUGUGUUAAACAUCAGGGAGAGGUGAGAGGACGUCAGGUUUCCCUGGUGCAGCUUCCUGCCUUGUAUGGAAAACCUCAGGAGGAAGUGAUGGAGGAAUCACUCAGGUGUAUCUCCCUCUGUGAUCCUGAGGGCGUCCAUGCCUUCAUCCUGGUCCUACCUGUGGGUCCCCUCACUGAUGAAGACAAGAAAGAGUUAGAGACCAUCCAGAACACAUUCAGCUCUCCAGUCAAUGACUUCACCAUGAUUCUGUUCACUGUGGAGUCAGAUCCUGCAGCUCCAGCUGUUGUUGACUUUAUAAGAAAGAACAGAGACAUCCAGGAGCUGCUUCAGAGCUGUGGAGGAAGAUCUGUUGUUGUCAACGUCAAGAACAAACAUCAGAUCUCUGAGAUGUUGGACGCUGUGGACAAGAUGAGAGUUGAAGGAUCCAGAUGCUUCACAAAGGACAUGUUCACCAAGGCUCAGAUGGAGAAGGUUUCACAACUCAAAGCUGAGCUUCAGGGUGUCAGACAGAGGAGUGGGAUGGGAGGUGAUGAUGAGAGGCAGAGCAGAGAGCCUCUCAGGAUGGUGCUGAUUGGGAAGACUGGCAGUGGGAAGAGUGCAACAGCAAACACCAUUUUGGGCAAAAACCAAUUCAAAACCAGAAUCGCCCCAAAACCACCGACCACGUCUUGUGAAACAGCAACUGGAGAGAUUGAUGGACGGCCUGUUGUUGUGGUCAACACUCCCGGCUUGUUUGAUACAACUCUCUCUGAUGAUCAAAUGAAACAGGAGCUUCAGAGAUGCUUCGGCAUGUUGGCUCCUGGACCUCAUGUGUUCUUACUGGUUCUGCAGAUCGGGAACUUCACACCAGAGGAGAAAGAGUCUGUGGAACUGAUCAAGAAAUAUUUUGGGAGAAAGUCUGGAGAUUUCAUCAUCAUUAUAUUCACCAGAGGAGAUGAACUGAAAGAUCAGUCAUUUGAGAGUUACCUUAAAGAUUGUGACGUCUUUGUCAAACAACUAAUAAACGACUGUGGAGGAAGAUAUCAGGUCUUUAAUAACAAAGAUGAAACAAACCGCACACAAGUCCAGGAGCUGCUGACCAAGAUCGAAACCAUGGUGACGCAAAAUGGUGGCAGCUGCUUCAGUGCUGAGAUGUUUGAUGACACAGAGGAAUCCACAAAAAUACAAGUGGAGAGGAUGAGGAAAGAGAAGGAAGAAGAGAUGAAGGAGAUGAAGAGAAAACAUGAGGAAGAAUUGAAAAAACUGAAAAGGAAAGUCAGUGAUCAGAGAGGAGAAAUUGAACAGGAGAGAAAACUAAGGUCAAAACAGCUGAAGGACAAAGACGAACGCAUCAACAAAGAGCGUGAGGAGAGAAAGAAAGAACGAGAGGAAUACGAAAAGAGACGGAAAAAACAAGAAGAAACUCUACGUCAGGAUUGGAAAAGAAAACUGGAAGCUUCAGAGAAAAGAGUUCAGUCAGAAAGAGAGCAAAAGGAAACUGCUGAGAGGAAACUGGAGCAGAGUAGAAAAGAUAUGAAGAGAGAUCGAGAGGUCUGGGAUAAGGAAAAAAAGGACAUGUGGGAACGAAUGAAUCAGGAUCUAAAACAGAACCUGGAGGAGGAGAAAACAAGCUUCAGAAAACUCCAAGAUGAGUACCAUCGUAAGAGAAGAAAAUGGACAUAUUCUUUUUUUGGGCUGAUGUUGUCUUUAACAUUACUAUUAUGUUAUGUAUUUCUGAAAUAGGCAUCGACACUUCAGAGCUCUGAGCCAAUAGAACAACUUAGAGUCACGUGACCGUUGCGGGGGAUGUAGGACGCCUCCUUUGCGGCUCCGCAGCAUCCCCCCAGAUUUUCACUUUAUUUGCGUACCAUAAACUGUUCUUUUUUUUUUUUUUUUUUUCGGUUUCGCUGUUUUAUUUCACUUUUUACACAACGAAAUGGCGACAAGUUCAAGAAAGGCAGCAGGCAAACAGCCAGUUACAGCCCCGUCAUUCGACAACGAGGGACUAGCUAACAUUUUUAAGCUAGCGGUUGCAGAAGCUAUGAAGGAGGCUAUCCCUACACUCAGACAAGAUGUGGUGACGCAGCUGACAAGCAAGACGCAGGAGUUGAUGGAUGCUCAAGUCGCUGUUAUUCGGGGCGAGAUGUUGGCCAUGCGCAUUUCGGAGUGUAUGAUGUGUUUGGAGAAAGACGGGAACCGUUUGGCAGAGGUGGACAGCUAGCUUUCAGCAUCUGUUAAAAGGUUUACUGCACAGCAUGACCGACUGGAGGAGAAAAUUGCAGACAUGGAGGACAGGUCUCGCAGAGACAACAUACAUGUGCACGGAGUUCCUGAAACUGCAGAGACAUCGCAUCUCCUAAACUACAUGUCGGAGUGCUGUUGUGGAAAUCGAGAGCAAAGCCAUCCGCUUCACCCCUGACUAUAGCCCGUUUACUUAAAAGCGUAGGCUGGCCUUUUCCACUGCAAUGGAUGCUCUUCAAAAGCUGAACUUUUGCACCUUUCUGCACUACCCAGCGAAACUUAAAGUGAUAUGCGGAGAAGCGAUCCACCUGUUCAACAAUCCGCAGGAGGUGAGGGAUCUCAUAGACUCUUUAAAAGAAUGAACUGCCAUUCUGUCUGGUAUAGAGGAGCUGAUUUGAUUUAUAUGAUUACUAUAGACCUUGCAUUAUUAGGCCUAUGGCUCCUAUUAAGUUUUUGUUUUUUAAUUGGUCAUGAAAAUGUUUACAUGAUACAGCUGUUCAUUGCCUAGUGUGUGGACAGAGAUAUGACCUUCAAGAAUUACAUAUAUGGUCCUGUAGUCCUGUGUACGAGUCCGACGUGGGGGUGAGUUUAGACUCCCUGGGAGAAGUUUGCAGUCCUUGUUAUUAUUUUCUAUGUUCUUAUGUUCUUAUGUUCAAGUGUGGGACUAUUUGGUUUUACCCUCUCCCGUUCUUUGGAGAGUGGUCAGUUCUAUGGCGACUGGGUUUUUUGGGGUGGGAUGGAUCUCUCUCUUUACUCUGAUUACUUAUUGUUAUCUGUUACCUGCAUUAGGGUGCAUAUUAUGUCUCCUCUCCCGAAUGAAAAGGUAUAACAAUACAUUAGCUACUGGUAGUCAACAUGUGUAGUAUACAUGUUAUUAGCUGGAACAUUAAUGGGCUGAAUGGCCAGUUUAAAUGCACAGCUUCUCUAGAUCUAUUGCACAGACAGUGUGUUGAUGUUGCUUUCAUACAAGAGUCUCAUUUAAGAUCUAUAGAUAUUAAUCGCUUUACAAACAAGCAUCACUAUGUGGCUGCAUCUCUAGAUACAAAAACCAGGGGCUCAUUAGUAGUAUUAAAAUGCAACCUCCCCAUUACUGUGAUGGAGAAAUAUGGUGGUGAUGAUGGCAGGGUUUCCUAUAUCAAGACUGUCAUAGCUGGGCGCAAUUUCGCUUUUAUUUCUGUUUAUGCGCCAUCUCAAUAUGAAUCAGAGUUUUUUCCAAACUUAACUGCAACCCUACUGCAGCUACAAGAUUUUUCUCUGAUUCUUGGUGCAGACAUGAAUUGCUUUGCGUACAUGACACUGGAUAAAUCAGUGCAACGUCUCACACACAAUCAAUCACGUGCAUCCACAGAUUUUCAAAAAUUUCUAUCUGCACUUGUUCUAACAGACCUGUACCAUGCUGUCAAUCCCACAUCUAAACAGUAUACUUUUUAUUUAGCAAGACAUUGAAAUUACUCCAGAAUAGAUUAUAUACUGGCUUCACAUGCGUCUUUCUCAGAGAUACAUGAUGUUUUAAUCAAACCCUGCUCUCUAUCUGAUCAUAGCAUUGUUGCAGCACGUUUCCCACUUCAGGGUACGCCUACCAGAGCGCCGCGGUGGUGGUUCAAUACUUCUCUCCUGGAGAAUGAAGACUUCCUGUACUUUCUUAGAGAGAAUUUAAAUAUCUUUAUAAAUAUAAAUGUAGGUUCUGUAGAUGACCAAAGAUUUGGGUGGGAUGCGAUUAAGGGCUGCAUCAGAGACUCCUCCGUCACUUAUUCUUCUCAUCUAAACAAAAACAGAAUUAAGAAAAUAACUGAGCUGGAGACUACUCUCACCCAACUAGAGGCCCAACAACAGGCCUCAUACUCUGAGGCGCUUCAACGAAGAAUAACCAUAACGAGAACUGAGUUGAAUUCUCUGUUAAGACACAGGGCAGAGUUUUUGAUACAUAGGACAAGAAGGACAUACAACUUUAAUGGAGCCAGGCCUAGCCACCUUCUAUCUUUGAGAUUGAAAAAUAAUGAGAAAUACUCAAAUAUCGCGGCCAUAAAAACUCCUACUGGUACUUUGAGCGACCCCCACGACAUUAAUACUGAAUUCAAGACUUUUUAUUCCACUCUGUAUGCAUCUGAAAUCCCAUUGACCCUGGUAAAUGUACCUGUUUCUUUCAGGGGUUAGAUCUGCCCUCCCUAUCAAACGAUGAAGCCGAGUUCCUCAAUGACCCUAUAUCCUUAGAAGAGUUAAGGUUGGCUCUUGUUAGUAUGAAGAAGGAUAAGUCACCAGGAUGGGAUGGAAUUCCGCCAGAGUUAUACCUCGCCUUCUUGGAUGUAUUGGGAAAACCGCUGCUGGAAAUGAUUAAUGCAGCAAUUCAUAAGGGUGCAUUCAAUGUAUGCGUCAACGCGGCCAUAAUCUCUGUACUUCCAAAACCAAGUAAAGACCUGUCUCAAUGUGAUAAUUAUAGACCCCUUUCUCUUUUGAAUAGUGAUGUUAAAUAAUAUGCCAAAGUAUUCGCAACCCGACUAGAAGUAAAUCUCACAAAAUUAAUUCAUAAUGAUCAUACUGGCUUUAUUAAGACUCGUCAAGCAUCGGACAACAUGCGUCGCUUAUUGCACAUUAUCCAUUCAGCUAGCAGUAUUGAUUCUCCGUGCUCGGUUCUAUCACUGGAUGCUAUAGCUGAAAAACCCCUUUCAGGGGUCGCUACUGGGGUAAAGGGGUGGGGGAGAGUUCAGUUAUUACGACUGUUAAUUGUUUAUGAUGACGUAACCUUUACCGUAACAUUGUAACCUUUUCCAUAGUAGAUCUCGCAAAGUUUAAGAUUGUACAUAUGUGACAUUAUGGGGGGAGUGGAAAAGAGGAGAAAACAUGUAAAAUGUAUAAUGUUUACACUUGUGUGAUAUACUGAUAUACAAUAAAAAAUUGAUCGAAAAAAAAAGUUUUACAACUUGGUAGUCAGGACGAAGACGAAUGCAUCAGCAAGCAGCAUUAGGAAAAUAAUUCAGAUCUAAAGUGGUUGUAAUUAUAUUACAAUGUGUACACAGUACACAACAUGACAGUUUUUAAGAGUGCACCUUUGUUUCAAUAAGAUGUAACUUUGGCCAUGUCAUAUAUAUAUACGUAUUUACUUUUUGUCAUUUUCUUUAGGACAUCCAACCAUGUAGGCCGAGCCCGUGCUUGUAUUAUGUUAUUAUGUUUUAGUUGACUCAUUAAUCACAGUGUUCGUCUUGAGUCUGAUUUUAUUUUAUGGAUUUUUGUGGUGAUUAAGAGACUAAAUGAGUUGAGUUGAAUUGAGUUGAUGCAGUUUGUCUACUGUAUAUCGUCAGACACUAAUGAAUGAAUGUUUAUUUCUUAUAUUUCUUUGUACAGUGUCAUCUGCUUUCUUAUUUCAUCACAGCAUAAGUUUGUUCUUAUGUAUAAUUAUAUUCACGUCACACAGAUCAGUGUGUGGUUCUGUUAAAAAUAAAUCUCUGAAAAAUACAAAUACUGGUUGCAGCAUAAAAAUGAUUUACUGUUUACUUAAGAGCUGGACAUGACAUCCAUCAGCUGCACAGGGAUGAUUUACAGAAACAUUCGCUCCUACAGGUGAUUUAGAGUCACUGAUGAACCUGUUGGUUCCAGGUUUGAACCCAGAAACUUUUUGCUGUGACGUGACAGUGCUGAUCACUGUUCCAUCAUGUCGCCGUGGAAAUGACAUUUGUCCUUGUUUAUCUUGUACAGUACAAGAAAAAUAUAUAAUGUGUUUGUGCAUGAAAAUCCAAACUUAAUGGAAAAUAAUAUUAAUAUGUACAAAGAUAAGUGAUACAGCUUUUUAUUUUUGAUACAGUUGAUGGAAUAUGUCAUUUCCAGCUCAGGUGUAUCAGCUCUAUGUACUGUUGGGCUUUGGGUAAUGUUGAUGGGAUGACAUGCAACCAAGGACUCUGGCAGGACCGGGGAUGUUGUAAAUACAGGUCACCAGGACCAGGACACCCCCACUUUGAUGCAUUUUUAAAGGCAAAUUAACUUUGAUCAUGUC